CGUUCAUCCCCCCAGGUCUAGGUUGGGAAUGUAAACAGCUACGUGGUUUCAUGGGUAGUAUCACAGGACGGAUUCUCAAAAAUCUUAGAGCUACGAUUUCAGAAGUAUUGAAACAAGUUGUUGGACAACACAAAAUGUGGAACGAUGUGAUGUUUUGGUUUUCACAAAUGAUUUUCUACAAUGCCUAUAUUCCAUUGCUUAUAAGGCAGGCAAAUGAUGUAGAGGAAAAUCCAGGCCCUACAAUAUUUGAUGUCAUCGAUCCAACAAGAACAAUAUGUGCUGACCACAGUGAAGGAAAUGAAGCUCUCUUUGGUGAAAAUGCUGAUUUCACACACCGGCUUUCCCUACAGUCGGCUUGUCUUCUAAGUGCAGAUUACAGUGUGGAGUUGUGCUCUCACUGGCCAACAUUUCAUGGUCAGGACCUUUAGUGCAGGUCGCGCCACAUUGAAACUUAGGAGUCAUUAUUGACUCUCUGUGUGGUCACAUUUCAUGUAAGUCAUUUACCAGAACAUUUUUUAUCCU